AGAGAAAUUUAUGGUUUAGGGUCUAAUGAGAGAAUUGAACCAAAGGGAUUAAAUUAUAAUUACUGCUGUUCAAAUUGGUCUCAGUACCUAAUUGGUAAAAAAAAAAAACUUGAGUUCCUAAUUGGUGAAAAAUACCAAAACUUGGGGCUCAACUUGAUGCUUAACUCAAAAAAUUUAGUGUAAAAAAUAUUGUAGACGGAGGGAGUAUGAUUCAACACGUGUCUAAAUCUAAUGCAAAAGUUAACACACAAACAUGGUACAAAUACUAUGUUUUUGCUGCACUUUUGACGACGUUCGGUGCUGACUUUCACAGAGGAAAUUCUCAACAUCAGAAUCAACUGAACAACUUUCCUUUCUUUCUUCAUCAAAUCUUCUACGCUAUUUACUUCCUUCCUCAAUAAAACCUAAAACAAAAUAGGGAAAUAUUAUUCCACUCACAAAACCAAAAAGAGUAAGGGGUUUUGCAAAAUAAAACAAACCAACGCCAACAAAAAAAAAUCACUAUUUGCAUUGUUCAAAAUUCUCAUUGAUCUUUCUUUUUCUUUUCAUUUUGCAUGGGUGAAAUAGAAAAAUGAAAACAUCAUCAUCAUCAUCAUAUUCAUAUGAAAACAAUCAUAACAAUGGAAAAAAUCAUAACAUCUAUUUUAUCAAAAAUUACAAAGGUGGACUGCCCCCAUUUUUAAUAUGGUCAGUUGGUCUAACCUCCAUUUUUAGCCUCUUUUUUCUUUACUCUAUUAACCCUUUUCAUUUCUCUUCCCAACUACUGAAACCACAACAACUUUCUCGCAACACUCAUGCGCCGCCGAUCAAACCCCAAUUUGGUGAAGAUGAUUGUGAUUUGUUUAAGGGUAAAUGGGUACGAGACCGAAAUGGAUCCCAGUAUACAACAACUAGUUGUGUAACAAUUCCGGACUCAAAAAAUUGCUUCAAACAUGGAAGAAUGGACAAAGAUUUUGUGAAUUGGAGAUGGAAACCAGAGAAAUGUGAGCUUCCAAGAUUUAAUCCCCAUAAAUUUUUGCAACUUGUUGGUGGAAGAAAAUUGGGUUUUGUUGGGGAUUCAGUUGCCCGAAAUCACAUGGAAUCUCUUCUAUGCCUUUUGUCUCAGGCAGAAGUACCAAUGGAUACAUACAAAGAUUCUGAAGACCGGUUCCGAACAUGGUAUUUUCCUUUAUCAAACUUCACCCUCAUGACCUUUUGGUCAAAAUUUCUUGUCAAGUCAGAGGAAAGGAUGGUGAAUAACACUAAUACCGGCAGUUUCGACCUCUAUUUUGAUGAGGUAGAUGAGAAAUGGGCCUCGAAACUCCCUGGUUUAGACUAUGUCAUCAUCUCGGAUGCUCACUGGUUCUUCCGAAGAAACUACUUACACAACCAAGGCAAAUUAAUUGGAUGUGUUUAUUGCAAUGAACCAAAUAUCACCGAACUAGGCCUUAAUUAUUCCUUGAGAAUGUCAUUUCGUGCUGCCUUAAAAUACAUUAACAAUUGCAAGGGAUGCAAGGACAUGGUUACCUUAGUGAGGACAUUCUCACCAGCCCAUUUUGAGAAUGGAGCAUGGGACACGGGAGGUGGUUGUAAUCGGACAAGUCCUCAGAGACAAAAGGCUAAUGAGGAGUUGGAAAACACUAGAUUUGAGUUGGAGUUAAGGAGAUUACAAGUGGAAGAACUUAACAGGGCAAACAAAGAGGGUGAGGGAGAAGGGAAGAGGUUUAGGGCUUUGGAUAUAACUCGGGCAAUGUUAAUGAGGCCUGAUGGUCACCCGGGCGAGUUUUGGGGUAACAGAUGGAUGAAAGGUUAUAAUGAUUGUGUUCACUGGUGUAUGCCAGGCCCCAUUGAUGCAUGGAACGAUUUCUUGUUAGCAGUUUUGCAGAAAGAAGUUGAAUCAAUAACAUGAUUAAAGGAAAAUACAAGUACAUGGUUUAUACACAUGUUAAAAACAGUAGAUAGAGCACUAAACUCGUUAAUUAGAGCCAUUUCAAACAAAAUUAAUUUUUUUGUGGUUUGAGCGAAAUAAGUGAGUACUUCAACUUUUGGUUCAAGAAAGCAUGAUUUAUAAUGCUUUAUGGUUAUAACAAUUACAGGAUAUUUAUCUUUGAUAAAUAAUUGAUGGUGUUUCCUGACGAGAUUUUACAGGGAUUCACCUUCUGGGUUGCUUCAAUAGCUUUGUAACCAGGCUCAUUAACCUUGAGACAGAAGUUUUAGGAUUAUAUGAUUGACAUUUGAACGGAUAGAGAUUUUCUGAUUGAAAACCAACUCAAUUUUCGUCUCUUAGGAAGACGGAAAUGAAGGACCAAAUGUAUGAACAUUAUGUUCGUCCCCUAGGGUGAAGCGAAAAGAUUAGAAUUAAGUGUCUGGUUUGUAUUCCCUCAGCUUUUUUUAAUCAUUAUCACUUUACUGUA